AUGGCCCCGCGAAUAAAUCUCCCGCCAGUAACACGAGCUCUGCUCGGCACUCUGCUCUUCCAGUCUGUCCUGAGCGCCGCGAUUAGAUAUCGCCAGUGGGCCGAGGAUACGGACAUUGUGAUACCGUACCUGACGCUCAUCCCGCAGCUGUCUAUUGCCUACCCCUGGACGUUUCUGACGGCUUCGUUGGUUGAGGGCAACAUCUUUACAUUCGGCUUGGGCGCCGUGACUCUAUACCAUGGCGGCCGGUAUCUGGAGAGAGCUUGGUCUUCGGCAGACCUGGCCAAAUUCCUUCUGCUCGUGACCCUGGUUCCAAACGUCCUCACCUUUUUCACCAUGAUCUUUUUCUUUACCUUGACUAGGAACACCGACUGGACACUUACGAUUAUCGGCGGUACCAUUCCUAUCCAGAUCGCUUUCCUUGUCGCCUUCAGCCAACUCAUCCCAGCGCAUACGGUCACACUAUUCCGAGGCAUCGUUUCGCUCCGAGUCCCAAGAAUCCCCCUCAUCUAUAUUGGCGUCGUCACCGUACUCUCGUUUACUCCGCUGCUAUCACGCGCUGCUCUUUGGCUAGCCAACUACAGCUUCCUUGUCAGCUGGACCUAUCUACGAUUCUUCAAGGUCGUCUUCCCCGAUCUUGAUUCAGCUCAACCGGCGUCGCUACGUGGAGAUGCCAGUGAAACAUUCGCCUUUGCCGAAUUCUUCCCCGGCCCCAUCAAGCCCGCCGUGGCUGCACUUUCAGAUCAAAUCUACAACAUCCUUGUCGCGAUUCGACUCUGCAAACCAUCAUCGCAGCGAGGCAUAACUACAGGGCGCGAUGGCUUCCAGCACAGAGGAGCACCAGGGAGUGCCCGUGCCGAAGCCGAGAGAAGAAGGGCUAUCGCAUUAAAGGCGCUGGACCAGAGGCUGAAUGCCGCAACUGCUGCUGCCCGGCAAUCCUCACAGGCCCCGCCACCGGCUCCUGCUCAGCCGAGCGGCCCACCUGUGCAGGUUCAGCCUCAAUCAAGUGCUCAAACGGCUAUGAAGUCUGAGCCAGGGCCCAUGCUUGGCGAGACCAAGUUUGAGCCGGAAGAAGAUGGUUCAUAG